AAUUUUAUUGUAAUAUAUCUUAUUGCAUAGUAUUAAAAGUAAAAAAAAAAAUUAAAAAAAAUGCACAGUUUAUAUUGAGCGAAUUCAAUUUAGCAAAGCAGGUAGAUAUACUUGCCAAACAAUUAAACAUGAUUGAUUAAUCCACAAGUAAAAACUAAUUAUGCUCAUUCGGGGCCAGUUUCACUAACGUCAGUUAAACUUAUCCGUCGAUUAACUUUAUCACCAAAAUAGCCAACAGCAAGACUUAUGCCCGUAUUCAUAGUCAGAUUUUGUACUUAUAUAAGGGUUCCUUAAAUUUAUCUUUAGAUGCUCAGUAGCCAAUGAAAUAAUUCGUAGAGUAUCUGAAGAUAAAUUUAAGGAAGCCUUAUAUAUAAGGCCUGACUAUGAAUAUGAGUGUUAGACCCAGUUUCACAACUCACAGAUAAGUCUUAACCGAGGUUCAACUUGUUUCUCAUCUCUUUCAAAUUCUAGAAAAUAUAUAUUCAUUUAGGCGUUGUAAAGAGAGAACGAAGAUGCUAAGUGCAAAAAGUGCAAGCAACGCGACAGACCUAUUAUCAAUACAGUGCAUGAAGUGCAUGUAAACUCGCACUUAUGCAUUACCGGUUGUGUGUCGAGUAUUGAUGUGUGACAUAUUGCCUUGUAAUAUUUACCUCAUAUUUCAGUUCUAAAAUAGUAAAUUAUUAAAUGUGAAAAUGAUUAAAUUGACGCAGGAUAUUGAUUUGGAGAAUUAUACGCUCAUCUUACCAUCGGUAGCGGUCGGAAACGUUGGACAACUGUCUGUUGACUUACUCAUUUCGAAUCUUAACCUUCCAAAAGUCGGUCAAAUUUUUAGCGCGUCAUUCAUACCUAUCGUUGGCGCAAACGCUUAUCAUGAGCAUUCGAAUGAGCUUAUCACGGCGAUUGAUAUUUACGCGGGGAUCAAGGAACGUAUUGUCGUUAUACAGAUCCGAUCGCCGUAUGUUGGCGAACUUUUAGAAUUUUUCAACGAAAUUACGCAAUUUGUCACUGAGAGAAAAAUAGCUAAAGUAAUAAUUCUUGCAAGCAGUCAUGAUUAUGCGAAAAGAGAAGUCCAACCGCAGCAUCUUAAGUUGAGAUAUGUUGCCUCUCCUAAUAUACAGUCUCAGACUGGUAAACUCUUUGAUGACCUCAACUGGAUUCCGCAUAAAUCAAAAGACGUGACUGGAGAAGAAAGAUUGCAGAUACCAGGGGGUGGAUUUGCUAAAAGCAUCUUUAACUUUCUGUCCAAUGCUGACAUUCCUUGUGCUAUCUUGUUCAAAUUCUGUUCUGAAGGGGAUAAUAUAGAAGACGCAAUAGCUCUGGUGUGCUAUUUAAAUCAAUGGAUAUGUAUAUUAGGAACAAGCAGUAGUAAUUUGAAGUAUCCACCAUCUUGGAAACACUUAUUUGGGAAGCCACCAUCACAGGAUAUGUAUUGAUUGUAUCUGGAUAUAUUUUGUACUAUUUUGUUAAUCUUAAAAUAAUAAUAUUUUUUC